AACCUAACCUAACCUAACCUGCAGCUUUUUGACAAUCCUCAAUAGAGCAACAAUGGCUUGGAGAUCCCAUGGCAAAGAUCAUGAAGAUCUAAUCCGGAAUCUGAGGAGCAAUGGUGUUAUCACGAGCGAUGCUGUGGAGAAGGCCAUGCUGAUGGUAGAUCGGGGCAAGUAUUCUAAGAAGAACCCCUAUCAUGACUCUCCGCAAAGCAUUGGUUAUGGUGUUAACAUUAGUGCUCCUCAUAUGCAUGCGUGCUCCCUGACACUGCUACAAGACCACCUCAAGAAGGGCAACAGAGCCUUGGAUGUUGGGUGUGGCAGUGGCUACCUAACUGCUUGCAUGGGUCAUAUGGUGGGAAAAGGAGGGCUCUCUGUAGGGAUUGACCACUUCCCUGAACUGGUUGAGCAAGCGCGUGAAAACAUCAACAAUGACAGUCCGGAGCUGCUAAAGUCUGGCAUUGUCCAGCUUGUUGUGGGGGAUGGACGUAAGGGCUAUGCUGCUGGAGGGCCUUACGACGCCAUCCACGUGGGGGCAGCAUCGCCCGAGCCCCCCAAGAGCCUCGUAGACCAACUCGCUCCUGGGGGUUGUCUUGUGAUCCCUGUGGGGCCAGCAGACGGAGGCCAGAACCUAGAAAAGAUUGAAAAACUUGCUAACGGAACAGUGAAGCGUACCAAGCUCAUGGGCGUGAGGUAUGUCUCCCUAUCGGAUAAAAAAGACCAAUGGCCGGGUCGGUGAUUUCUCAAGAAAUUUGUAUGAUAGCUGCUGGCAACUACUGUUUCUAAUUUUGGGGUAAAAAAGCAUCGCCCAGCCAAUCAUACUGUUCGGGACUCAAGCUAAUCUCGACUUGCAUCUUAAGUUUAAUUGAUUUCAGCGUAAUUAUUGCAAUAAUUCACGUAGUUCUCUUCCUCAUUGGGAUGUUCCGAUGCGGUUCCUUGCUCUCCGCAGUCUUGAGAUGUACGACGAGCAUAUAGGUCUGUCGGAACGGACUUCGUGACUCAGUUGCCCUAACAAAAUUUAGAGUCGCUCCAGCUUCUGGUAAUCCAAAUCAGAAGCUGCCGCGUCUGUAAAUUUUCACUGGCUGUGGUGUCAAGUUUUUAUGUAAGCAGGAUACUUUGCGUUUCAUCCUUUGCUUCUUGUGCCGACGACUCGUGUAAGCGACAUCUUGUAUGAUUGUCUUCGACUCGUUUGCUCACUUGUCCCUUCUCCAUCUUUUAUUCUUUCUCGCAGCCAGACCGUUCUGGGUACAAUAUAAUCAAUUGAUAGUCAAUGUCGUUGAAACUCUAGUGCUUUUUUGCACUGGCAAGCGAAGGAUAAUUAAAUUCAAUCAAUUAGCUAUACGAGCAAUCUAAAUUAUGUGUACAGGCAGUUCAGGAAGGCCAUGCUCGAGUGGAGACUUAAACUAUAAGAUAAGAUAAACUAUAAGAUAAGAUAAGAUAAACUAUAAGAGAUAAACUAUAACGAUAAAGAUUAUGAUCUCUACUUCAAUUCGGUCACAAUCGUUCUUCUCAUAUUCGUCUUUCGAUUACUUACUGUUGCAUUAUCCUAGAUAAUAAGUGUUUGCUUUUUAAUUAUAUCUGUAUGCGUGAAUUGUUGCAUAACUUUGGCAACGGAUUCAUCUGUUUGGUUUAGAAAAUUGCACAUUCGUUGCGCAAAAAUUAAGCAAUUUCUUUACUCCUGGAAUGGUGUGCAUAUAUAAAAGGUUCCAUGAAAAAGGUGAUCGGGGGCUUUCUUGUGAGUCAAUGAAAUCGCUACUAAUACGUAAUACCCAUGUUACUUGCACAGCGCCCUGUAUAAAAUACGUUGAAAUAUGUCAUAUGCAUAUCUUGUGUUCAAUAAUUACGGGUCUCGUGUUUCAUUUUUAAGCUAAUUAGAUUAAAUGACACAACAUUUUUGCCUAUCAUUAGGCCAGUAGGUCGUCUCGUUCCACCAUGACAGCGCUCACCUUGUUCAUGGUGGCAAAUAAAUGAUUUUUUACAUAUCAUUUAAGUUUUACUCAGCUGCCCCGUUGACUAAUUGGAAAUUAUUUAAAUAUGGAAAAAAUCAUUUGUUCUAAUGCAAUUUCGGCAAUGAAAAAUUAGCGAAAGUUGUGAUAGUAUUGAGAGUUUUUGGCGUAUCCCUAAGAAGCUGUUUCUGCUCUUAUAUAAUAGUAUAGUGCUUGUUCUUUUCUUAAAAUCAUAUAGUUGAGCGUAGAAUUGUUCCAUUAGAUGAGAUUUGAACACUUGUGUUAAAUUGGCCGAAUAAAUUGAAUUUUUGUCAUUUUCAAUGAAAACUUUUAUCGUUUACAUUUGACAAAAAAUUUUCACAUCUAGCUCCUUCUGUUUGUUUCUGGUGUCUAACACUUUUUAGAGUAUUAUAAGUUAUAACUUUCAAGACCGUAAGUUAUUGAUUGUCAUAAUCGAUUUUGUAAAUUAAUGGUUUUAAUUUUAUGGUUUUGAUAAUCUAUGAUUUUUGUGACGGUUAAAACUUUUACAAAGUUUAGCUAAUAAUUGAAGAAGAUAUUAAAGAGCUCUCCCACUCUGAUAGGCUAACAAGUUUGAUGACACAAACAUGUGAGCACUUCUAGUCAUUAACUACUUGCUAUGAAUACUACUACUUGAAUACUACUACUUGAAUAAAUACAGUGUCUGCAAUGUAAUUAAGUCCCUUCUAUACCUGAGAGAAUGUUCAGGGAGUGUGUUGUCCUAAAGAAAAGCUAUGAGAGGAACAUUUCCUAAUCUUUCUUAAAAAAUUAUGACAAGCAGCUGCUUUUUUGUACUGCAGAUUGUACCCAGGUGUGCCUGCGGGGUGGUUGUACCUCUUAUGUAGUUGUUUUUUUAGGCUCAGAAGCCUGUAGACGGAUAUUAUGUUAAUCAGGAUUAUGUUAAUGCUUAGCAGACAUCAUUGCAUACAUAUUUAAUCCGCAUAUGUAUCUCGAUGACACCCAAAAUUAUGGAUACUGUGCGCCGGCUGACGCUGCAGCGUCAGACGUGGAGCCGUCUCAGACUGAAUGCGCUCUAACCGGCUCCAGCUCAAUGCGUCAAAAACCAACUUUAUUUGGUUUGAGACUCCUCGGAACCAACCCUCAUCGGUUUCCGGCCAACCCUGUUCGAGUGGGCAACGAGCUCGUCAUGCCUGCGUCUUCAGUUCGUAACCUGGGCAUUCUACUGGACUUUUAACUUUCUGUGAACAAUCACCUUGCCAAAGUCACCAGCACUUAUUUUGGCGCUCUGCGACGAAUACAUAGCGUACGUCUACCGCUGUCUCUUGAGGCCCAUGUCGUGGCGCUCGUUCUGACCAGAUUGGGCUAUGGUAAUGUCGCUCUGCAUGGACUUCCGACCACGACACUAAACAAACUGCAAGCCGUAAUGAACGCUGCUGCGCGACUUGUGUGCAAUUAAUAAGCGAAAAUUCGAUAACGUGACGCCGAUAUGUCGCGAUCUUCAAUGGCUGCUGUGCAUGCAGGAGCGCACGCAGUUCAAGGUCGCUGUUCUGACGUUCCGAUGCCUUCACUGUCUGGCCCGUCCUUGUCUCACGGAAUAUCUGCAACGCGUUUCGGAUCUGCCUUCUAGAAGACGGCUGCGUUCGUCAUUAUCAGCGGACCUCGUCGUUCCAUCUACACGUCUAUCUACCGUCGACGUCAGUGCGUUCCUGGUCGCCGCUGCCAGAACCUGGAACAGUCUGCCGGCUUCCGUAAC